ACAACCAUUCCACCAUGUCCUUAUUACGUCAAACUGUCAGACCAGUCUUGAGAAUUGCUUCCAGAAGAGCUGCUCCAAUCGCUGUGCGUUUCAACGCUACUGUUGCUGCUCCAGCUGAGUCUGCUCCAGUUGAUCCAAAGAUCUCUGCUAUCGUUGACCAGAUCUCUACUUUGACAUUGUUAGAGACCUCAGCUUUAGUGACAGAAUUGAAGCAAAGAUUGAACAUUUCUGAUAUCGCUCUUCCAGCUGCUGGUGCUGCCCCAGCUGCACAAGCCGCACCUGUCGAAGAAGAAGUCAAGGAAGUUGUCGAAGAAAAGACUAUCUUCUCCAUCAAGUUGGAAUCCUUUGACGCCAAAUCUAAGCCUAAGAUCAUCAAGGAAGUCAAGGCUAUGUUGGGCUUGUCUUUGGUCGAGUCCAAGAAGUUCGUCGAAUCUGCUCCUAAGGUGUUGAAGGAAAACGUCGCCAAAGAAGAUGCUGACAAGAUAAAGGCUACUUUGGAAGGCUUGGGUGCCAAGGUAUCUUUGGAAUAAGCAACAUGAAUAUUUGAGAAUUGUUGUAUUGAUAUGAUAUUGAAAAGAGCUUUAAUGUAGUAAUUUUGAGCUUACUUGAGGUAAUCUACAUCUUCGGCUUUAUCACAUCCUUCAACCAGUCCUAUUUAUCGAACCUUGCUCAUAGCAUGUACAUCGCAGAUGUUUCUUGCAUGGUCAUAUAUAAAUGUCCCUAGGGACUUUAUCUUGUACAUAUACAUUAAUAUUAUACUUCUUCUGUCAG